CGCCUCGCCCCCCGCCUCGGUAUCGCGAGAGCUCCGCGCCGCUGCCGCCAUCUUGGUGCCGAGGUGGCCGGCGGUCACCGGGACGCAGCGGUCGCGGCCCGCCGCCAUGUUGUCCCGCCUCGUCCUCAGCGCCGCCCCGGCCCUGCUGAGGAGCCUGCGGCCCGCUGCUUCCGUGGGCGUGUUGCACAUUGCAAGGCCGAUUCAUACGAGUCAGCAGCAUUUGGCUCCUUUGCCUCCUUUGCCUGAGAAGGGAGGAGAAGUACGUCAUGGUUUGAUCCCUGAGGAGUUCUUCCAGUUCCUUUACCCUAAAACAGGAGUCACAGGGCCUUACAUGUUGGGAACUGGACUCCUGCUUUACUUUCUCUCUAAGGAAAUCUAUGUAGUUAACCAUGAGACAGUUGCAGCUGCCUGUAUAUUGUCAGUCAUCAUUUAUGGCAUUAAAAAAUAUGGGGCUGAUGUAGCAGCUUUUGCUGACAGACUUAAUGAGGAGAAAAUUGCUAAGGCUUUAGCUGUUAAAAAUGAUGCAAUUAGAGAUCUUGAGACUGCCAUUGAGCAGGAGAAAAAGGAGCAAUGGAGAGCUGAAGGCCGCAGUUACCUCUUUGAUGCUAAGCGGAAUAACAUAGCAAUGUUGCUGGAAGCCAAUUACCGAGAAAGAUUAUUAACAGUGUACAAUGAAGUAAAGAAAAGGCUGGACUAUCAAGUGGCCAUGCAGAAUCUAAAGUAUCAAAAAGAACAAGAUCACAUGAUUCAGUGGGUGGAGAAGAACGUUGUUCAGAGCAUCACACCUCAACAGCAGAAGGAGAGUAUUGCAAAGUGCAUUUCGGACCUGAAGGCAUUAUCAAAGAGUGCACAGGUGGCAGUGUAACCCCGUAGCAACUGAAUGCACUGACAUGUCUUCUGACUUUUUGUUGGAAACUCUAUGAUUCUAAAAUGUCAUUAAAACAAACAAACAAACAA